AUGUUACCCAGUCCAGCUUGGGCUGUACCCACUUGGAGUGCUUGGGUUGAGGUGAUCCGUUUCUGGGAUGCAUUCGGGAGGCAAGGCGGCGUGGCCAGGCCAUGCAGUGAGUCCAGGCACAGUAGCUGGUUGCAGACGCUUAUCUCUCGCACAAAGACUCCUGCCCUCACCUUUUGUCGGAGCAACUUGGGAACUGACUUGGUGACCGUGAGUACCCCUCCGCAAGAACGAACCUAUCCCCUCGGCCCAGAUCUCGUCAUAGGAGAUUGUACUGCGCCAUUGGAUGACCAAGCCGCGGGAUUUCACACAACGCUUUCAGGUCAACAAGCCCGCGGCGUGAUAGAUUGGCGAAAACCGCAAGCGACAUUCAUUCAAUGGGCUCAAGAGGAUGAGGGACUCUGUCUCGUUGAGGAGGAAGAGGAUGGCGAUCUUACAUCAAACUCCCGGAUCAUGAAGCAAUCCGCAACCCUCCAAAAAGUCAAUGUGACUUCUGUCCAUCGCGAACAAGGUAACGUAACGUUUUUCAUGCUCAUUUUCAACACUCCAACGUCGGCCGGAGGCGGCGAGCAUUAG